GUUUGUAAAUUCUAGGAUAAAACUGUUUUUUUGUUUUUGUUUUAUUUCACAAAUAGCAAAUUCUCACCAAUUUCUGUCUGGUAAAGCAUUUAAGAACUUGCCAUAACUGCAAAAAUGUAUAUUCAUCAUAGAAAUAGUUCCAAACAUCUCCGAGCAACAGUGCAGUGUUUCAUUCCUGAAUGAAUGUUUUUAAACAAAUCAUUUGAUUCAAUGAUCCAUUCAUAUAGACAAUCGGCUCUUUUUAACAAAUUGUUUGAAUGAGUGAUUCAGUGAAUCCUUCAUUAAGGUAGGAACCUGCCACCACCUGCUGGUUUUAGUGUCAGAUUUACAGUAUUCAUCCAUUGGCAGGCCUAAACCAGCCAAAGUACCAGCACAAAAACACACUCAAGAUCAUUUUUAGUUGCCGUUAUCAAAAAAAAUCCCAAAAGUAUUGAGACUUUUUUUUUUUUUUUUUUUUGUCAUUAUCGUACCCAUACAUGUCACCUAUUACAGCAUUUAAAGCCAUGAAAGUCAUUGUGUAGGUAAAAGUUUCGGAGUAUCUAGUAAAUGAUAAACAGUUUUAUCAUGGGACAACAAAGUUCACAACCAAAAACGGCGAUUGAUAUGGGGUACAUACACGAACGUUGUAUACUACUCAAAUACACCACCAACACAGCGGAGAAACAUCCUCAUCGGUCUAAUGAGACGCCUUUUGGGCUUGGUAAGACUGAUGGAAGGAGAGAGGAGAAGAAGAGCCAAAAGAGCUUCUGAAAGAGGACCGAUCUCCAUUUUCUUCAACCAGAGCCGCUAAAUCUGGUUUAGGCUGAGAAGGAGAACCAGAGUGAGACAGAAUGGUACAAAUGCAUCAGCAGUGUUGGGGCCACAUUUUGAGGCAUAAUUAAAUCAGCCAUAAAAUCUGCUGGUCAAUCAGGACACCAUGGAGGUCAAACUGACUGACUUCGGGUGCGGUGCGCUCAUGAAGAAAUCACACUUUAAAGUCUUCUCUGGUAUGUGUUACAAACUGUUAACUAGCUAGCAGAAACGCUUCCUACAUCUAGUCAACACGCGGUGGAAAUGAAUUAAACAUCAGACAACAUAUCUUUUCUUUAGGCACAAGAACAUACUGUCCUCCGGAUUACAAAAUCAGUGGCAAGUUCCGUGCAAUGCCAGUGACAGUGUGGUCACAAGGGGUCAACAAGGGAAAUGGUGUGGGGCGAUUAUCCCACAGCCCACGACCUGUACAUGAUCACUGCCAACAUCUGGAACAGUCCUGGCCUGUCACAAGCUCCUCCCCUGUGCAGUACUUCAGCAACAGUAAAUGCUGUCACUGUAUGUGUGACACUCCACUGCUGUGAAGAAGAGGCAUGGACGGCUUGGAAACAUUUACUUUCCCAUAGGAUUGAACCAUGUUUUAGGAAGAAUCUUUUCUUUCUAAUAAGACCAAAGGUUACUGAAAGAGGUUAUUAUCAGCAUGGUGACACAUGCAAGUCUAAUGGCAGAAAGUAACAGGACCAAUGAGGUUGCAGAACUUAUCUUGUGCAAUAAUGAAGCAAAUAUUUAUGAUUGCAAUCAAUCAGAUCCCAUGGGAUCUCAAAGCCCAAUCCCACUGACGGACGCCUGGCUGGUGCCAGUGUUUUUCACCCUUAUUAUGUUUGUUGGUUUGGUGGGUAACUCAUUGGUCAUCUAUGUAGUCGUCAAAAACCAGCAGAUGAAAACUGUAACAAACCUCUACAUAGUUAAUCUUGCCACCACAGAUAUGCUUUUCCUGGUCUGUUGUGUUCCUUUCACUGCCACUUUGUACAGUCUUCCUAGCUGGAUAUUUGGGGACUUCAUGUGUCGACUGAUCAAUUACCUGCAACAGGUAACUGCACAGGCAACCUGCAUCACUUUGUCUGCAAUGAGUGUGGAUCGUUUUUACGUGACCGUCUAUCCACUACAGUCCCUCCGUCAUCGAACACCACAGAUGGCUCUGUCUGUAUGCACCACUAUUUGGAUAUGUUCGUUGCUGCUUUCAGUGCCAAUAGCAUUGUAUCAGCACACAGAGUCUUCGUUCUGGUUCGGUCCACAGACAUACUGCACCGAGGCAUUUCCCUCUCUCAUUCAUAAGAGGGCUUACAUUCUUUACUCCUUCUUGGCUGUUUACCUGCUGCCCCUGAUCACCAUCUGCAUGUGUUACACUUUCAUGUUGAAACGUAUGGGUCAAGCCACGGUGGAACCUGUUCAUGGCUGUAACCAGCUGCAGACGUCAGCAGAACGGGUUGAAGCAGUGCGGACCAGAGUAUCCAGAAUGGUGGUUGUGAUGGUGCUGCUGUUUCUGGUCUGCUGGGGUCCAAUCCAGAUACUGAUUCUCUUACAAGCAUUCUGUUCUGAAGAUGUGAGUCACAGCUAUACACUCUACAAACUAAAGAUCUGGGCUCACUGCAUGUCCUAUUCCAAUUCCUCCAUAAACCCAGUGAUCUACGCCUUCAUGGGAGCCAACUUCAGAAAGGCCUUCAGAAGUGUGUUCCCUUUUAUCUUCAAAAGGAACGCAAGAACAACCGAGCCUCUCCCCACCUAUAACAGAGAGAUGAACUUUCUUUCAUCCUGACCUUAGAGGAUAUUUGGACUGGUUAUGCAUCAUUAUACCUUUGAAAGACAAAAUCAGUAACACUUGAUGAAGAUGCACUCGGACUGAAACUAACAAUUCAACUGGAAAAUUCAGGUGAUCAGUUUAUUCAGUUUUUGAAACAGUUCUUUGAAAUGAUGAAGGACUUCAGCAUACACUUCAGCAUACUUUUAAAAAGAUUGCUUCUUAUGGAAAAACUGUA